UCGGUUUCGGUUCUUGGCCGGGGCGGAGCCGCGCGGUGCCCGGAUGGCAGGGGGGGUGCUGGAGGUUCAGGGGGUCCCCCCCGACGCCCCCGAGGAGCUGCUGGUCCUGUACUUCGAGAGCCGGCGGCGGUCGGGGGGGGGGCCCGUGCAGAGCUGCCAGCGCCUUGGCCCCCUCCUCUUCCUCACCUUCGAGGACCCCCAAGACGCACAGAAUGUGCUGGCCCACGGCAGCCACCGGCUUGGGGGGGCCGAGCUGGGGGUGCGCCCGGCCCCCCCCUGGGACCCCACCCACCUGCUGCUGCACAGCCUCGAUCCCAAAAACCCCCCCGAGAACCUGGACGUACCCCUGGAGACCCUUCUGGGGGUCCCCCCUGGCACUGCCACCCUGUGCCAGGGCCCUGUGCCAGGCUGGAGCCUGCUGCACCUGCAGGAGCCCCUCACCCCCCCAGGUGGGAUUGGGGGCCAUGGGGGGGACGCGGGAGGGGAUUGGGAUGGUGGCAUUUCGGGGCGCGGGGGCGGUGGCACGGGCCGUGGGGUUGGCGACGUGCGCGGUGCCAGCGCCGCCCGUCCCGCAGAGCUGGCGUCGGCGGAGCAGCGUGCGCGGCAGCAGGGGCUGGCGCUGCUGCGGGUCCCACAGAGCCCCUCGGUGCUGGUGCGGGCACCGGGUCCGGUUCCGAGCCGGGACCUGCUCGAGCUCUACUUCGAGAACCGGCGCAGCGGAGGCGGCCGCGUCAGGGACGUGAGGCCGCUGCCAGGUGGGCGCGGGACCGUCGUCACCUUCCAGGAGCCGGCAGCCGCAGAGCGGGUGCUGCAGAGGCCACACCGGCUGCAGGACGCGGUGCUGGAGCUCGUCCCCCACUACCCCUUCCUGGAGCCGCUGCAGGGGAGCACGGACCUGCCCCUGGACACUGUCCCCACUCUGGACAGGGCCCGUUCUCCUGACACGGAGCUCCUGCUGCUCACGGAGCCCUCGCCGGACGCAGAUUGCCCGCCGGACACAGCCCCCAGCGUGGCACGCGCGAACGCCCCGCCGAGCGCGGCCGCCGCAGCGCAGCUGCCGGCGGCGCCGACGUCGCGCCCGGUGCCAGGGCAGCCGUCAGCCGUCGUCCCCAGUAGGGACAAGGACACUGAGGGGUUCGGGACCGCGCCCAGCCAGGCCCAGCACCCGGGGCCUGUGUCCGUGGGGGUCCCGGACUCGAUGUUGGCUGUGCUGGUGCAGGACGAGGUGCUGGUGCCGGCGGAGCCGGGAGCUCUGCGGUACCUGCAGCAGCACCACCAGGACGUGCUCGGCAGCAUCCCCGAAGUGUCCCUGCUGCUGCUGGAGGGGGAGGACAUCUCUGGGUUCCGGGUGAGUGGGGAGCCAGGCAAGUGCCAGGCAGUGGCGGAUUUCCUGCAGAGCCUGCUGGACUCGGUGGCCUCGCACCCCACAACGCUGCGCUUCCCUGGUGUUGCUCGCUUCCUGCGGGACCUGGCCGGGCAGAGCCUCCUCCAGCAGCUGGAGAGCCGCUUCCAGUGUGUCAUCCAGCUGGAAGGUGAACCCUGGAAUCCUCCAGAUCCCCAGCUGGAGCUGGAGGAGCUGCUGCCCCCAAGCAGCCACGGGGACUCCCGGUCACACUCCUGGCACCGGGACCUUCCCGAGGGCAACAACACCGCUGCUGACAAUGGUGAUGAUGAUGAUGGCUUUCAUUCCAACGCAGAGGAGAUCAAGGAGGUGAUGGCAGCGCUGCACCCGAGCAACGCCGGCGGCCGUGGCAGCCCCGAGCCGUGGCCUGGCACCGUCCCCGACGGCGAGUGGGACCCCAAGGAUGAGAUCCCUGGUGAGGACGGUGCCAGGGAUCUGCUGUCGGACACUAGGGUGGAGGAGGAGGUGCAGAUGGCCCUGGCCAUCCAGUACUCCAUGGACAACACGUGGUGCGAGGAGCAGGACCUGGCGCGUGCCACCGCUCUGUCCCUGCGCUCCUACAGCCGGGAGCAGCGGCAGGAGCAGGCCCAGGAGGACGCCGGGCUGCUGGCCGCGCUGGAAGCCUCGCUGGAGGAGGCGCUGCAGGCGGCAGACGCGGCGUGCGCGACGGUGUUCUGCUCCUUGGAGCAGGACGCCUCGACGGUGCAGCAGGAGCUGGAGCGGGCGCUGGCGGGGAAGCUGCGGGCGCGGGAGGUGGCGAGCGAGCGGCUGCGGGCGCUACCGGCCGCCGGGCGCUGUGCGCUGACCCUGCUGCGACGCCGGCACGCCGUGCAUGUCGUCCUGCGCGGCGACACCGCCACGCUGCACGGCUUCGCCGACUACGUGGGCCCUGCCGCCCGAGACCUCGCAUCGCUGCUGCAACGUCUGCCACAGUCGGGGCACGGUGCCACCGCUGCCACCACCACCGCGCAUUGGGUGCGCUGGGACCCCUCUGGCACCGCUGUCCCCUACGCCCCCGAGGCGGCGGCGCUGCUGGAGCGGGCCUGGUCGCACCAGGAGCGCCGGCUGGAUCUGGUGCUGGACGGGCGACCCUUCACCGUGGAUUUGGAGCGCAUGGAGGAGUUCGACAUCGGCAGCGCCCGUGCCGUGCCCGUCUGCCGCAGCCAGCCCCCGCUGGACAGCACCUGCUGCCCGCUCGGGCCAGAGGUGCUUGGGCUGGAGGAGGAGGUGAGGCUGAUGGCGCUGGCUGAGGACUCGGAGGAGUUCUGUGACACGGUGCAGCAUUUCUGCGGGACGCUGGAGGAGCUGCACAGCCAGCUCAGCGUCGUGCAGGUGCAGAAGCUGAUCCAUCCAGUGCUGUACAAGCAGUACCAGCUGAAGAAAGGCAGCGUGAAGCGUGCCUGUGCCGCCGGCACCGCCGUGGAGCGCGUCCUCUUCCAUGGCACCACCAAGGCCUCCAGCCGUGAGAUCUGCCUGCAUGGCUUCAACCGCAGCUUCUGUGGCAAGAACGCCACCCUCUACGGCCUCGGCGUGUACUUCGCGGCGCGUUCGGCCGUCUCGGCGCGGGACCGGUACUCGCCGCCCAGCGCCGACGGCACCAAGUUCAUCUUCAUGGCCAAGGUGCUGACCGGGGAGUUCACGGCCGGGAGGCCGGGGCUGAGGGCACCCCCACUGCGAGAGGGCUCCGGGGUCCCCCAGCGCUUCCACAGCGUCGUGGACGACACCCGGCAACCCGAAAUCUUCGUCAUCUUCAACGACACCCAGGCCUACCCGCAGUACCUCAUCACCUGCCGCAGCCUCCACGGGGGCCCCCUCUGAGCCCCCCAGCAGCGCCUCGGCUCCAAGGACCCCCUUUUAUCCCCCCUUUUUAUCCCUCCUUUUUAUUCCCCCUUUUAUCCCCCUGGCGUCCCCUGGCACCGGUGCCAUCGUGGGGGUUACGGUGUCGGGCCCUGCCAUCGGGACUUGGUGUGCCAGGGAGGUUCCUGCCCUGCCCAGGAGCUCAGAGUGGGGGGAUCCUCACUUGGGGACACUCCUGGGCACCCUUGUGCCAGGGCAGGAGGUGGAAAGGAGGACUUGGGGUCACCUGUGUGACACCAGUGAAAUUUGGAAUAAAAUUUCGA